GGCAGCACCCUUGUGAGGGGAAACAAGAGUCAGCUUCGCGGAGAGGAGAGAAGAAAAAAGAGCUGGGGCGCAAACAAAAGAGAGAACAUGGACGAAGCAGGAAAAUGUCUGUUUAAAAAGGCAGAGCAGCGGAGGCUUUGGUCAUCCUGCACAUAGUCCGCCCGUUUUUUGUUUUUUUUUGUUUUUUGGAUGCCGUGGUUUGGAGCGGUUGCGCGGGGAGCUCUCAAGGCGGAAAGCGGUUUUUAAUCCGUCUGUGGAUGUUGCCAGCUUGCGAUGGCUGUUGCAGGGCGAUGUAGCUGCAUAAAAGAGAACGUGCCUCUUUGUUUUUGUUUCUUCAUUGUUCUACUAAGUGUCCUUACAAAUGCACAAAUUCGCUACAGCAUUCAGGAGGAGCUGGAGAGCGGCACUGUCGUCGGUGAUCUUGUUCGGGAUCUCGGGCUGGAUCUGCGAAAGCUCUCGGCUCGUCGGAUCAGAAUCAGCUCCGACAGCGCGAGGCGAUACUUCAGCAUCAACCACAAAACUGGUAAGCUUGUUAUAAGCGACCGGAUUGACCGCGAAACGCUCUGUGAAUUCAGCGGCACCUGCACGCUUAGCCUCGACGUGGUGUUAGAAAACCCAUUUGAACAGCACAACGUGGAUGUUGAGAUUUUGGAUGCUAAUGACAACUCGCCGCUUUUCCCGCGAGACGAGUACCAGUUGGAAAUCUCCGAGGGCGCACAGCCAGGCGCGCGGUUUUCCAUUGAGGGCGCGCAGGAUUCUGACGACGCCUCAAAUUCCGUGCGCCAUUAUCGCCUCACCUCCAACGAACACCUGGCGCUCGAUUCAACCAAACCACCUGCGGACGGAAAACACAUAGAGCUCGUGCUGAAAAAGCCUUUCGACCGCGAGCUUUUGCAGUCCCACCAGUUUCUGCUCACCGCUACCGACGGCGGAUCUCCUCCGCGCUCAGGCACAGCCAAAAUCAACGUGCGCGUUUUGGAUACCAAUGACAACGUGCCAGUCUUCGGCAGCUCGGUAUACAAAGUGAAACUGCGGGAAAACUCUCCUGUUGGCGCGCUGGUUAUUAAAUUAAACGCCACUGAUAGGGAUGAGGGCUCCAAUGGGGAGGUGUAUUACUCAUUUAGCUCUUACACGCCAGAUAGAGUGAGACAGGUGUUUUCAGUAGACACAGACAGUGGAGAAAUUAGAGUUAAAAGCAAUGUGGACUAUGAAGAAACCAACAGCUAUGAGAUGUAUAUCCAGGCAGCAGACAGAGGCCAAGGGGCCGUAGCAGUGCACUGUAAAGUGGUGGUGGAGGUGCUGGAUGUGAAUGAUAACCCUCCUGAGAUUGUGCUCUCCUCUCUCUCCAGCCCAGUUCGGGAGGAUGCUCGUGCAGACACUGUGGUGGCUUUAAUAAGCAUAAAUGACAAAGACUCUGGGCAAAACAAGCAGGUCAGCUUGGACAUCAUCCCCCCAAAUCUACCUUUUAAAAUCAGAUCAUUCCGAAACCAUUACACUAUUGUUACCUCUGCCUUCCUGGACCGGGAGACAAUAGCAUCGUACAACGUCACAGUUACAGCCACAGAUGGCGGAACGCCACCUCUUUCAUCGUCAAUGACGGUACGGGUAGAAGUGGCAGACGUAAACGACAAUCCGCCACGUUUUGAACAGACUUCAUACACUGUUUAUGUCUCCGAAAACAAUGCACCCAGUGCACCUUUGUGCGUCGUCAAGGCAACAGAUCACGAUGCCGGAGAAAACGCUCGCAUCACAUACACCGUCCUAAAUGACAACAACCAUGGUAUUUCAGUGGCAUCGUAUGUUUCUGUCAAACCUGCCUCAGGUGAGGUGUAUGCACUGCGAUCGUUUGACUUCGAGAAGCUGCGUGAGUUUCAUUUCCAGGUUAAAGCUCAAGACAACGGAGUGCCACUUUUGAGCAGAGUGGCAACUGUUUACAUUUACAUCAUGGACUCCAACGACCACAGCCCGCAAUUUGUCCGCCCAGCGGCAAACGGCUCACACUCCACAGAGACUAUUUUGCGUAACUCGGAGGCAGGUGUCCUCGUUUCACGUCUCCUGGCUUGGGACCUGGAUGCUGGAGAAAAUGCCUGGUUGCUAUACAGCCUCCAUCACCCGCCAGAAUUGGAUUUGUUUAAAGUGCACGAGUACACGGGUGAAAUCCGCACAACUCGACGAGUAAACGAGGACAAUUCUACAGUCUUUAGCCUCACAGUGCACGUACGAGAUCAUGGUUUGCCUCCUCGCUCCUCAUCUACGACAAUCAACAUUGCCGUUAUGGAGCUCCCACCCAAAGUGGCCCCAGACCCAAAACGCAUUAUCAGGCCACACGGCACGAUGUUAUUCUCCCACGUAACCCUCUAUCUGAUCAUUGCCCUAAGUGCAACCACCUUUGUUUUCUUGCUCACCAUCUUUGUCCUAGCAAUUGUUCGCUGCCAUGCCUACUGCAGCCAACCCGAUGCUUGUUCCUGCUCACCUUGCUGCGGGUCCAAGAAGAAAAAGAAGACCACGAUGAAGAAGGCACCCAAAGACGGUGGAGGCGGUGGUAGUGGCGGGGCUGCAGGCGGUGGAGGAGGAGGAGCCGUAGGGGGUGGAGGAGGCGCUGCUGGUGGGGUCACAGUCCAGCAACAGUCUGCGGUAAUGCGGAGAGACCUAAAAGUAGAGCCACACUACAUUGAGGUGCGAGGAAAUGGCUCUUUAACCAAAACGUACUGCUAUAAGACCUGCCUGACUGCCACCUCAGGAAGUGACACUUUUAUGUUCUACAAUACGGGCCGGCCGUUGAGUGGGACUUGGGGCUCGGGGGCAGACCGUUUCUUCACUGGACAGAGUGGACAGUUUGUGCGCAGACUGAGCAUGCCCGACGCUACGGCAAUUCAGCCUAAAGCUCCCAAUGCAGACUGGAGAUAUUCAGCGUCCCUCAGAGCAGGAAUGCAGAGUUCGGUCCAUAUGGAGGAGUCGUCCGUGAUGCAGGGUGCUCAAGGAGUUCUGGUUCAGAACUGGCCCACCGUCUCCAGCGCUCCUGAUAAUGAAGGUGGAGAGGUCUCUCCCCCCGUAGGCGCUGGAGUGGACAGCAACAGUUGGCACUUUCGAUACGGGCCGGGUCCCGGAGGCCCUCCGCAUCUGAAACACGGUGAGGUGCCUCCUGAAGCCUUCAUCAUCCCUGGUUCUCCAGCCAUUAUUUCCAUCAGACAAGGACAAGACGGAGAUGACAAGAGCGACUUUAUUACCUUUGGAAAAAAGGAGGAGGCCAAGAAGAAGAAGAAAAAGAAGAAGGAGAAGAAGGAUAAGCGGGAGAAAGGGAAAGAUGAUGAUGAUUAGAGAAACAGAGCAAGGAGUUGAAGAAAGAGCUGAAUUUUUAAGACCGAAGUCUCAACAAAAGUCUGUAGAACAAAACACGUUUUUGUUAAUUAUGAAAUCCGUACUUGGGGCUGAAACAAACAUUAUCUAACUGA